UUCACUGGAGCACUUCCCACUGCCGCCCGGCCGCGUGGAGAUCUGAGCAGGAAGCCCCCGCCGCAGCCUAUAUAACGGCGCCUCCUCCUCCACAUUCUCAGCGCCCAUCACACCCCCGCAGAGCCGGAAGCCACACACACACGCCUUCCUCCUCUUCCUCUGCUCGCAUCUCGGAUCGGGGAGAAGGAGGAUCUGAGGCUUUCGGCAGGGCCGGGGACGAUGGCGCCGCUGCUCAAGGACGAGCUGGACAUCGUCAUCCCGACGAUCCGGAACCUGGACUUCCUCGAGAUGUGGAGGCCCUUCUUCCAGCCGUACCACCUCAUCAUCGUGCAGGACGGCGACCCCACGAGGACCGUCAUGGUGCCCGAGGGCUUCGACUACGAGCUCUACAACCGCAACGACAUCAACCGCAUCCUCGGCCCCAAGGCCUCCUGCAUCUCCUUCAAGGACUCCGCCUGCCGCUGCUUCGGCUACAUGGUCUCCAAGAAGAAGUACGUCUACACCAUCGACGACGACUGCUUCGUGGCCAAGGACCCGACGGGGAAGGACAUUGACGCGCUGGCCAAGCACAUCCAGAACCUGCUCUGCCCCUCCACGCCGCUCUUCUUCAACACCCUGUACGACCCCUACCAGGAGGGCGCCGACUUCGUGCGCGGCUACCCGUUCAGCCUCCGGGAGGGCGUGCCCACCGCCGUGUCGCACGGCCUCUGGCUCAACAUCCCCGACUACGACGCCCCCACGCAGCUGGUCAAGCCGCGGGAGCGCAACGGCAGGUACGUCGACGCCGUCAUGACCAUCCCCAAGGGCUCCCUCUUCCCCAUGUGCGGCAUGAACCUCGCCUUCGACCGCGAGCUCAUCGGCCCGGCCAUGUACUUCGGCCUCAUGGGCGACGGCCAGCCCAUCGGACGCUACGACGACAUGUGGGCCGGCUGGUGCGUCAAGGUGAUCUGCGACCACCUUGGGCUGGGCGUCAAGACGGGGCUUCCCUACAUCUGGCACAGCAAGGCCAGCAACCCGUUCGUGAACCUGAAGAAGGAGUACAAGGGCAUCUUCUGGCAGGAGGACAUCAUCCCCUUCUUCCAGGCCGCGAAGCUGACCAAGGAAUGCGACACCGUGCAGAAGUGCUACAUCUCGCUCUCGCAGCAGGUCAAGGAGAAGCUCGGCAAGAUCGACCCCUACUUCGUCAAGCUCGCCGACGCCAUGGUCACCUGGAUCGAGGCCUGGGACAUGCUCAACUCCAAGGACUCCAAGGAGGCCGAUGCCAACGGCAAGCUCAAGGGGAGGUAGAUCGAGAUCGAGGGAGAGAACCUUUUUUGCACUAGCAUACUGAGCAGGCGGUGAGGCGGCAUAUACCGGUUUCUUCAGUUCGUAGGUUCAGUGCGUGCAUCAGGUAUUCAGGUUCAGGCUGUUGUGUACUACAAAACAUUAGCUGCCGUUCUAUCUUACGUUUACGUUGAGGGUCGCGUUAAUUUCCCCCUUCUUUAAUUUCAUUAUUAAGAGAUGAUGUCGUUUUCUCAAGGGUUUAGUACUACGGUUAUACUUGUGGCUGCUAAUGUUUCCGUGUAAUCUUGUGUACACUGAAAUGUGAGAAUAAAAAGUUGUUCAAUAAGCA